AUGGAGCAACUGAAACUUCCGCACAAUAGAAAAUUGCAGCCAUUAGGUAAAAAUUUGCCGUAUGUCUUCCUUGGCGAUUCAGCAUUCGCCUUACGUCGUCACAUGAUGAAGCCAUAUCCUGGUAAUUUUGAAAAAGGCAGCACAGAAAGAAUUUUCAAUUACAGGUUAUCUCGUGCACGCCGUGUAGUUGAGAAUGUUUUCGGCAUAAUGGCAUCAGUCUUUCGAGUUUUCAGAAAACCGAUGGCAUUACAACCGGACAAACAAGUAGCCAAAGCUACUCGCAACUUCUUUGCUGAGUAUUUCUCAACAAGUGGGAAAUUAUCUUGGCAUCAUGUACCUGGGCCCGAUCUUUGUGAUGUUGAUGUCGUGGAUUCCAUAAUAUGGAUUCUGCUUCAUACAGAUCCAAAAAUUCGAUAA